GUGACAGGUACUCUUUCCCACCCUGCACUUUGAAGGAAAAAAUACAUGCAAGGCGAGCCAAUUUAUUUAAUAUUACUUGCAUUUUUGUUUUUAAUUUGUUGUCUUGUAUGCCUUCCAAGAGCAUCAAUCAAAUAUAUUUUUAAUCUAAUCGUAUUUUCUCUGAGAUGGAAAUGAGAUGUCGCCCAACAACGGUGAUGUGCUGUGCUCUUGCGGUUCUCUGCUCCAUCGCUCGUUCAGUAAAUGCUUCAUUCGGGGACAGACAGUACCUCAACGAAUGGGCGGUGGAGAUUCCCGGAGGACUGGACGCCGCCAGGUCGAUUGCCAAAGAACUGGACUACCGAGUAGUCCGCCAGAUUGGGGCGCUAGAAAACCAUUACUUGUUCAAACACCAGACUCAUCCCAGCAGGACGAAACGAAGUGCCGAUCACAUCACCAAACGCCUGUCCGAGGAUGAUCGGGUAUCAUGGGCGGAGCAACAAUAUGAGAAGCAGCGCAGUAAGCGGGCGUCACUGGGGUCAUGCCCGGACUGUCCGGUGGACGAGCUGUUCAAUGACCCUAUGUGGAACCAGCAGUGGUACCUGCAAGACACUCGGACGUCGUCCUCGCUGCCCAAGCUGGACCUCCACGUGAUUCCUGUGUGGAAGAAAGGGUUCACAGGAAAAGGAGUGGUCAUCACCGUGCUGGACGACGGUCUGGAGUGGAACCACACCGACAUCUAUCCCAACUAUGACACAGCAGCCAGCUACGAUUUCAAUGACAACGACCCUGACCCCUUCCCCAGGUACGACUCCACCAAUGAGAACAAGCAUGGGACCAGGUGUGCCGGUGAGAUCGCCAUGCAGGCAGACAACAAUAAAUGUGGAGUCGGGGUGGCGUACAACUCCAAGGUUGGAGGGAUCCGCAUGUUGGACGGUAUCGUGACGGAUGCCAUCGAGGCCAGUUCUAUUGGCUUCAAUUCGGACCACGUGGACAUCUACAGUGCCAGCUGGGGACCCAACGACGAUGGAAAAACGGUCGAGGGUCCCGGUCGCCUUGCGUCAAAAGCCUUUGAGUAUGGAAUCCGGAAGGGCCGGGGAGGGAAGGGCUCUAUCUUCGUGUGGGCAUCAGGAAACGGGGGCCGCCAGGGGGACAACUGUGACUGCGACGGCUACACAGACAGCAUCUACACCAUCUCCAUCAGCAGUGCCUCCCAGCAGGGCCUGUCCCCCUGGUACGCUGAGAAGUGCUCCUCCACCCUGGCUACCGCCUACAGCAGCGGAGACUACACCGACCAGAGAAUAACCAGUGCUGAUUUGCAUAAUGAAUGCACAGAGACACACACAGGAACCUCCGCCUCCGCGCCACUAGCUGCUGGGAUAUUUGCCCUCGCACUGGAACAGAACCCUGAGCUGACGUGGAGGGAUCUGCAGCACUUGGUGGUGUGGACGUCUGAGUUCGACCCGCUGGCCAACAACCCCGGCUGGAAGAGGAACGGGGCAGGCCUGAUGGUCAACAGUCGUUUUGGCUUCGGCCUGCUCAAUGCCAAGGCCCUGGUGGACCUGGCCGACCCGGCCACCUGGAAACACGUCCCUGAGAAGAAACAGUGCAUAAUCAGGGAUGACUCCUUCCAGCCCAGGGCAUUGAAAGCAGCAGGAGAGAUCACCAUUGAGAUCCCCACCAAGGCCUGUAAUGGCCAGGACAACGCUGUCCUCUCACUGGAGCAUGUGCAAGUGGAGGCCAGCAUCGAGUACACCAGGAGAGGAGACCUACACAUCACACUCACAUCCCCAUCAGGCACUAGCACGGUCCUGCUGGCAGAGAGAGAGAGGGACAUGUCAUCUAACGGCUUCAGGAACUGGGACUUCAUGUCUGUUCACACCUGGGGAGAAGACCCCACUGGCACCUGGACCCUCAAGAUAACUGACACGUCCGGGCGGAUGGAGAAUGAAGGCCAGAUCCUGACCUGGAAGUUGAUUCUCCACGGCACGUCAGAGAAGCCCGAGCACAUGAAGAAACCCAGAGUAUAUGUCCCUUACAACGCUGUCCAGAAUGACCGUAGAGGAGUAGAGCACAUGGACGACAUGAUGGAGGAACUGUCCACUCAGGCUGAGGCCCACUCACCGCAGAAGACUCAACCCCCUCCUUCUGCCACCCCCAAGAUGAAGCAGAUGAGGCCCUCCUCCCCACCCCUGUCACCCUCCCUGGCCCUCCUGCGUCUCCUCCAGAUGGCCUUCAACCGGCAGACCCCCGCCGCCCUGCCCCAGUCCCCAGAAAAGGCCCCCUCUAGCAGGGGAGAGCAGCACCAGGGCAGGCCAUACUCCAUUCCAGGGGGAGCAGGCCCUCGCAUCGCUCCCCAGAAGCUGUACCAGGCCCUGGACAGGAUCAACCAGUACCAGCAGGCCGGGCAGGAUGAAAGCCUUUACAGCGACUACAGUGACGGCUUCUACAGCGCCAAGCCCUACAGGCACAGAGAUGACCGGCUGCUGCAAGCACUCUUCAACAUGCUCUCUAACGACAGGCAGUGAGGGAGGGGGGCAUGGGGUGGAACUCAGUGUGUGCAGGCUUUUGUUCCAGACCCAACAUAUCCAGCCCUGUAGGAUUCAGGGCCGAUUGAACUAAUCAUGGUCUACAUUGAAGAUUGUGCUUAGUUAACUACCGGUAGUUGAAUCAGGUGUGUUAGUGCUGGGCUCAAGCCUACACAUCCCUGCGGUUCUCCUUGGUCAAGAUUGGCCACCCCGGGGUAAGGUGUGAGAGAGAUAGGGUGAGGAGGCGGCGGCUGGGCACGGAAGGAGCAUGCGAGAGAGCGGGAGAGUGAAAGCCAGAGAGAAACUCUUCCAGCCAAAUGUGUUGUUGUUUUUCCAAAACUCUGCUUUUCUUACCUUGCAGCAUUCUAGCCUGUCUCUCUGUCUAUCUGUCUUUCAUUCUGCACAGUUGUAGGUCGGUUGCAUCUCAAUUCCCGGAAGUAGCUUCCCUUCCUCCUCCCCCUCCUCCUAAUGUAGUGAAACCUAGCUAGCCCAUAGACUUCCGCCAUAUUGUUUCAGUCUUCUAAGAUCAGUAUGCAUGAAAGAAAAGAGGCAAGGAAAGGGGGCCCAAAUAGAAUACUUAGAUUCAACUAGGAUUCCAUUCCACCCGCCUCCUCCAGCCAUUUAUCCACCUAUAUCCACCAUCAUUCCACCCCCUUCCUCCAGCCAUCUAUCCACCUCUAUCCACCAUCAUUCCACCCUCUUCCUCCAGCCAUUUAUCCACCUCUAUCCACCAUCAUUCCACCCUCUUCCUCCAGCCAUCUAUCCACCUAUAUCCACCAUCAUUCCACCCCUUCCUCCAGCCAUCUAUCCACCUCUAUCCACCCCCUUCCUCCAGCCAUCUAUCCACCACCUCCUCCAACCACCUAUCCACCUCUAUCCACCAUCAUUCCACCCCUCCACCAGCUAUCUAUCCACCAUCAUUCCAUCCCUUCCUCCAGCCAUCUUUCCACCUCAGGAUGGGUCCCAAUAGUCUUAAAGGGACACUUCACUUCAAAACAAAAGUUAGUAAGAUGUUUUCAGGCCUCAAAAGUUGUCUGGUGUAGAGAUGAGUUCACGUACCAGGACACGUGUUUUUUUAGAUCCAACUGUAUGCCUCAACCUCAAAUUAAUGAAAAAAUAUAGGCACUGAAUAAAAUGAGGAAAUGUAUUUCCAUUCGUCCAGAUUAAGGAAAGGUAUUUCCAUUCAUUCCAGAUUUGGCAUAUAUAUGUAGCUGGCUCUACUCAAGAUUUGACACGGGACAUAGACUCAUCUGUUCAUAACUUUUUGGGUAUGAAUCGUCAGACAAAACAAACUUGAUUUUUGAGUCCCAAGAGACAGAGAGAAAAAUAUUAAUAAUUGUAUAUAUUUAGUAUAUCAAUUAUAUUUUGAGGCUCUAUUUAUCACCUUUACCUAUCAGUGGUAUUGAAGAAAUGGAGACAAGAGAAGGAGAUAAGGAAAUAACAUUAAGACUUUUGGGACACAGCCCUAUUCUCCCUUCACUCUACCACCUGCUUGAGCAUGCUACCUUCAGAAUAUAAAUUUCAUAAUUGUAUUAUGACUGACAUGAUCAAAUAUUAUACAAAGACAAUGAUUGUAAUGUUGUUUUUAAAUAUACUUGGCCUCUAAAAUAUCCACCUCUCUAAACUCUAACUCUGAAAUAUCGAUUUAAUAUUUAUACUUUGACAUGUUUAUUUUGUCAUGUAUUUGUUUUCUGUAAGAGUAGAAGUACUCACCUUGCUACUGUAUCUUAAACCCAAAUCCUAAUUUGAAGAAUGUGAUUUUAAGAUAUAUGCACAAUUUCAAGUUAGGUUUACGACUAUACUUUAGUAUGCAUAAAAAAUGCAGUCCUCGUACUGAUUGUUUUUCAAACUGAAAGCUCAAAGAUGUUGAUAUGUGGCAUAUUCUUCACAGGGUGUCAACAAAGCAUUGGAGAGUUUGAGAACAGCAGUCUUUUACCCGGUUCUCUUGAGAAAAAAAAGUUCAGUUCUUGGGGAAAUUCUUUAAAUAUUUUAUUUUUUAAACAACAACAUACAGUCUAAAACAAAAUAAAUUGGGAAGAUAACUGACCAAGAAUCAAUUGGUUGUGUCAUUUUUAUGGAUGUUAUCCGACCUUAUAAGAUAUAAAUAGAUAUGAUGAAUAUGAUUGAAGCUUUUGCAAAUUGGCAAUGUUGAAACCAUCUGAAUACUUAUGUAUUUUAACUGCUCAUAUAAAAUAACUAUAAAAAACAUUUUCUUAAGUAUCAUACAAAUGUUGUGCAAUUUGAUUCAUUUUAUAUUCAAAAGUACAAUGCUGCAUUAAAUGAAAUAUUUUUCUAAAAAAAUAUAUAUAUGUAUGUAUAUAUUUAUAUAUAUAUAUAUCCCUUAAAGUCAUUUUAUUUUAGAUUUAGUCAAAUUCUAGGUUUAUAUUUAAUACAAACUAAAUGGAAUUAUUAAUAGAAAUGAACACUGCCAAACUGUUGUGCUGCCAAAUUGUGUAAAAGUUUUCCUGUGUUUGGGUGAUUGUAAAACAGGCUUCGAUGUUGUUGCUUCAUUUACAAACUCAUAUUAAUACAACUACAUGGUUAUAUGCAACUUAUUGGAUAUGUUCAUUUAUACAAUAUUUUGGUAUUAGUGGACUUUCCUGAUUCAAUCCAGUUAUACUUUACUGUAGGCGGGGCUUCACACCAAAAAACCAUAACACAUUUAUAGUAUAAUGCCUUCAUAUGCCCUACAUAAACAUUCACGUUUAUGCUCAACUGCAGGUUGGUAGAUGUCACUGCAUUAUCUUAUGGCAACUUGCGGUUGAUAAGCUUAGCUGACAUUUGCAUGUAUAAAUGCUUAUGUAGUGAUUAUGACACUGUUAGGAACUGCUUUGAAUGUGCUACGUAGCCCUAUGUAUGUAAAGCCCCAUACACUACAGUGUUAAGUAUCCCCUGUUUUCUGUGGUAUUGGCUCUAGCUCUACUCUCUGCCAAACAAGGUGAAAGAUUGAGAUGACAGAUGAAGAAUGGUUUACAUGCAUCCUGUAAUUUAUACAUCUUUCAAUGUAGCCAGUGUUGUUGAUCUGUUUGUUAAUAUUUUGAAUUUGAUUGAUGCUUCUGUCCAAUUUGUUCACAAGAGUUGAAAUAUGUCGCUAUUUAUGUAUGGAUGUACAAAAUGAGAUUUAUCGUAAUAAACUGCAAAGUAACCUGG